UUUUUUUAAAAAAUUGUAAACAACAAAUUGCUAAACAAGUUUAAUUUAAUUUUAUUAAGUAAGGUCCUUUAAGAAAUAUUUUAAAUAACAUACAUUUUAUUACAAGUGACGAUUACAUCAAUUAAGAUGGUGAAAAUGCCAAAUAAUGAAGCAGAAAGUGAAGAAUCUGAGAAGGAAAUGAACUCAACUAAUUCCAGCGAUAGUGAAAUGUCUGCUGAUUCUUCCAGUUCAUCGGAAAUGACAGAAAAUGAAUUGAGAAUAGGACGAAAAAUAACUGACUUUAAUGAAAUUUUAUCGGAUCUCGAAAGGCAAUUCCUUAUAUUGCGUGAGGAUUUAUACAAAGAGAGAAUAAAGCAUGUAGAUUCGCAAUUGCAUGAAAUCGAAAAUGGAAUGUCCCAAGAAUAUCUCAAUCCACUACAAGCCCUUUCUGACCGAAUGAAUGCCAGAAAGGAAGUAGCAGAAAUUCUCAAAAAGUACCGUUUAGAAAACAUUCGUCAUAAAUUUGAGUCCGAAGAACAAGCGGCAAGACAAAACUAUGAAAGUGAAAAGCAACUAGCUGUUGAUAAAUUGUAUGAGGAGUUGAAUGAUAAGAUUCGAAGAUUAGAGGAAGACAGUCAUAAUGUUGAUAUCUCUUGGGCUGAUUGGGGAUCAAAUUCAAGAUCGAAUAAAGUAAGGGGGCCUGGAAGGAAAAAACCAACUACUGUCACUGGUCCGUACAUAGUUUAUAUGCUACAUGAGGAGGAGAUUAUGGAAGAUUGGACGACGAUACGAAAAGCAAUUAAAGGAAAUAGAAUCCAUCAACGAUCAAAUGCAACUCCUCACGCGUAACAUAAACCUUAUAAAUUAUAUUAAUUUGUAUGUAUCGUAAAUAAAUGGAAUCUGUUUUGUGUAAUUUUCAAAUUUU